UUUUUAAUUCAAGUUUCUUUUGUUACUUACUUGUUCAUGACUUUUCUUAAAUGAUGACUUUCCGCUAUGCUGUCAUCUUCAUAGUUGUAUUAGUUUCGUUAAUGACUCUUCACUUGAUCAACCAUACAAGUACUAUUAGUUCAUAUUCACCAUCACUUGCGUUUGAAUCUACUAGCAACACAACAACAACAACAACAAAUCAAUUGAGUACAGGUUGGAAUAGUACUUUAACCAUGUCCGCUAUUGAAAAAUCACCUUGGCUUUGCGAUUGUUUUCAUUAUGGAUCACCUAUACCCCAACUAUUACGAGACACACCUAUUCCUGAUCCUGAUCCUAUAACUGAUGGUCAAGUAAUACCACUUAUUGAAAUGACGAAAUUGACGAUACCCGACGAUGAUGUGAUGAAGAUCAUCAACAACAACCUUCAUUGGCCACGUACUUUAAUUAUCACAGUUGCAAACUACGGCAUUCGACAUUACGUAUAUAACUGGAUCCGAUCACUGGAAAGGACACACGAAGAACGAUAUGUGAUAGUAUGUUUGGACAAGGCAUUAUACGAUCAUCUAUACAAAGCAGGCUAUGGUAAUCAUGCAUUUGUGAUUCCGUCAACGUGGAUGCACUAUUCUGUUUCAAGUAAUCUUGCCUCUUAUCCUACACAGGACUAUCGAUUGAUCACUUUUACCAAAAGCGUGGUAGUACAGCAUAUUCUUCAUCUGGAUAUUUCGGCACUUUACUCUGAUGUGGAUGUGGUAUGGAUACGACCAAGAACAAGGGAUUAUAUACGUGCAUUGAUGGAUGUACGCGGUGGAGGAACUCAUGUCCUUUUCCAACAAGAUGAUAUGCAACAACAUAGAAUCAACUCUGGGUUCUUUUUGAUGAGACCAACACCCAUCAUGAGAAGAUUAAUGGCUGAUACAAUAUAUAUACAAGAACAACGCGAAUUGGCAUUAUGGGACAAUACAAUAAAACAUGAAUAUCAAACGACACAACAAAUAGCCAUGAAUGAAGCUUUAUCAAGAUUAAAAUUGGAAUUACGAACAUCUCGUGUGGUACUUUUGGAUCUCUUUUUAUUUCCUAAUGGUGAUACCUAUUUUUAUAAACGACUUCAUGAUAUGUUGGGGACGAAUCCUUAUAUUGUACAUGCAAAUUAUUUGACCGGAGAUGAAAAACUGGCAAAACUAAAGGAAAAUGGACUUUGGUACGUGGAUGAUACUUGGUUAACCUCAAUAGAUGAUAGUAUUUUUUUAUAAUUUAGUUAGUUAUUAUUUUUUUUUUCUUUAAUUGUCUCCGCAUGAAAUAUGUGAUGGCUCUCAUUUAUUGUUUAUCAUAAAUAAAAAUAGAUUUUAUAGUAAUGUCUCACUGAACAGCCAAUGAUGUCUCCUCC